CGUCGACAUUGAUGGCCAUCUCAUCCCUACGGUUUCGACUCUGCCCAUGGAUAGCAAAAACAACACCAACCCUCCUCUUCCCAGCUGCCAAUAUACCUCUAAGACUACACUGCUCUUCCCCUUCAUUGCAGCCCACCACCACCACCACAGCCCAAACCUCAGCGCCAGACCCUCCUAACCCUUCCCUUAACCUCACCAGCGACAAAUGGGAAUCUUUCCGCAAGAAGAAAGUCGUAAUGCGCGUCGGCUACGUCGGUACAGACUACAGAGGACUACAAUUGCAAAGAGAUGAGCACUCUCUUUCCACCAUUGAAGCAGAACUUGAAAAGGCUAUUUUUAAGGCCGGUGGAAUUCGAGACAGUAAUUUUGGGAAUUUGAAUAAAAUUGCAUGGGCUAGAAGUAGCCGAACAGAUAAAGGAGUGCAUUCUUUGGCAACCAUGAUUUCUCUAAAAAUGGAAAUCCCUGAAUAUGCUUGGAAUGAAGACCCCAAUGGCAUUGCUCUAGCAAAUUAUAUUAACUCAUAUCUUCCUAAGAGUAUCAGAGUUUUCAGCAUUUUACCUUCACGAAGGAGCUUUGAUCCUAGAAGGGAAUGUAACAUCCGCAAGUAUUCUUAUCUCCUUCCUGCUGAUAUUAUUGGAAUAAAAAGUCACUUACCUGCAGGUGAAAUCGAUAACCAUUUAUCAGAUUUCAACAAUAUAUUGAAUUCUUUUGAGGGAGAACAUCCAUUCCAUAACUAUACUGUACGAUCCAAGUAUAGGAAACAGUUUCCUGCAAAGCAAUCUCAUGGAAAUGGCCGUGUGUCUAAAAAAGAAAGGUCAUCUAGUAUGGCAUCAUACUCUGAGUAUGGGGAAAGUGAUGGAGAAGAAACUACAGGAGCUAAUGAAGGAGUUGCAACCAAUGUUCAGGGAAAGGGCUGUGAUUUGUCAGAGUCCAUUACUUCUUAUGACCAUCGAGUGGGCACUUGUGAUGAGCAAGGGAAUGUUUUAAAUAGUCAAACUCCCCCGCUAGCCAUUCGUGCAAGAUGGCUAUAUGAACCUGAUGAGACAGAUAGACUAAGUGCCUCUCAUUUCAGGAAGAUUUUUGGCUGUUCUUGUGGAAAGGUGGAGCGUUUGCUUGCAAUGAAUUAUGUAGAGAUCUCCAUAUGCGGAGAAUCAUUCAUGUUGCAUCAAAUCCGUAAAAUGGUAGGGACCGCUGUGGCAGUAAAACGUAAAUUGCUUCCAAGAGAUAUAUUGAAGUUGUCGCUGAACAAGUUCUCACGCAUUGUUCUACCCCUUGCUCCAUCUGAAGUUUUGAUUUUGAGGGGGAACAAUUUUGUGUUGAGAAAUCAACCUGGCAAUGUUGUGAGGCCUGAGAUGCUAACGUUAAUGGAAUCAGUAGAAAUUCUUGACGUUGUAGAUGAGUUCUACAAUUCUGUAAUGUUGCCUCAAGUUUCUAAAUUCUUGGACCCUACAAAAUCUCCUUGGAAGGACUGGGUUGAAAAAUUGGACACAAACACCAGCAUUCCAGAGGCACAACUGGAUGAGGUACGGAAUGCUUGGAAACUGUGGAAGGAGGACUUUCAGAGUAGAACCAAGGCUGCAUCACCAUUGUUUUAAAUGAGCAUUGCGGAAUGUUGAAGCAGUUGAUAGCAUAAUGUUCAACAAACAGCAUGUGCAAAUUGUGUAUGUUUCCUUCAUCUUGAAUAGAACAAUAUGAACCUCAUCAGUGAUCAUUGUUCUGUGACCCAUCGCUGUCAAAUUCUGGCUGGAAAAAAUGCUGCAUUCCUGUUUCCAUUGAUGUUCAUGCUUAAGUUUAUAACAUGAAAACUGUGUAUCAACAUAAGGGUGUAUGAUCAGACCACACACAAAAAAAACAAAAAAACAUAACGGUGUAUGACAUAUGUUGAUCAGAAAGAGUCAAAUUGCAUACUUGAAAAGCUGUAUUUUUCUUUUUUACUGAGUCAGAGAUACUUUAAAAUGGUCAAUUUUUAUUGAGCCAGAGAAGUCUGACUUUAAAAUGGUCAUUUUUUAUUGAGUCAGAGAAUUUAACGUUCUUUGUAAAGUGCCCCUAAAUUUUUCGAAAUACUAAAGAGGACCCCUUGUAAUAUAUUGCUACUAGAAUAACCUUGUGUCUAAAGAUACUAUACAAUAUCAAAAAUCGAAUUGAUCUUACAAUAUUAUUUUUCUAAUUAUGCAAUUUAAAUUAAAAUGAAGAAAGAGAUAGGUAUGGAUUGAUGAGAUUGUUUGAUAUUGAAGAGUAUGUUGAUUGAAUUGUCUGGCAUUAGGGGUCUCACACAGAAGUUGAUGUUUUUGGGUGAGGAAAAUUUUUUUGAGAGGAAUUUUAUAGCAUUGUAUUAAAGUAGAUGGAGAUUGGAUUAAUUUUGACCAUU